UCCAAUCAGCGAGCAAUACAUUUUCUUUCUUUAGCUGUGUAUCUCAUUGAGCAGCAAGCCAACUCGGUAAACAGUGUUAUCAAAUACUUUAAAGAUAUAAUCUUUGGUGUUAUUGACGGUUAAUCGUUAUUGACCGAAAUGGAUACAUACCCAAGUGUCUCCGAUCAGUUCGUUGACUCUACGAAACAGCAAGAGCGCCAUUAUUAUCUGCUAUCCGAGCUCCAAUCCCUUGUUAAAGACCUCCCGAGCUCCUUCCAGCAGCGCCUGUCCUACACCACUCUGAGCGACCUGGCCCUGGCGCUCAUUGACGGCACCGUGUAUGAGAUUGUCCAGGGCCUGCUCGACAUCCAGCACCUGACGGAGAAGAAUCUCUUUAACCAGAGACAGAAGCUGCACACUGAACACAGAAUACUUAAACAGGAUUUGAUGCGAAAGCACAAGCAAGCUCUACUGGUCUGCAAGUCUCAUAAUCUGGCCCUCCUGAAAGCAACUCAGCGGACAGAGACAGAGGCUCUAGAACAGCGUGUGCGGGAGGAGCAGAGGAUGAUGGAUGAGAAGAUCAUCGCUGAGAUCGACCAGAAGGUUCUGGACCAACAGAAUACGCUGGAAAAGGCUGGCGUGCCCGGCUUCUACAUCACCAACAAUCCACAGGAAGUGACCAUUCAGAUGAAUCUGCUGGAGCUAGUACUCAAGCUCCAGCAGAAAGAGACGCAGUCAGGAACCCUACCCUGAGACCCUCUCUAGUGGUCGUUUGUGGGAUUGCGUCCGCAAUGGAUGGACACGUUUCUGUCGGGAGCCUCUCUGGUUCGUAAGAGUGCUCACCGCUCUGGUAGCGCAGAAAGGACACCAAUAUGAUGGCAGAUUUAGAAUCGUCUGUUCAAACUGUCCAAAAUGCCCCCCUCCAGCCCACUGCAGUGGGUUAGGAUGCAGUGAGGUCUGGGCAUGAGACCAGCAGGACUCUGAGUUGGGGAACAUCAUCUUCAGCGUUGUGGAGGGCUCCUUACUCAGCUCGUCUGAUGCCCCACAUCAGGCCAGGCUACUGACCACAUGUCUGGUUUUGGAACAUUGAAGUGGACUGACACUGUUAAGUCUGCUGCAGGACUUCA